UCCAGACAGAAGAGAUUUUAAACAUGAUAUUCUAACGCGUUCACCAUCAAAACAACAAGGACAGCGCUCUGGUUCUAUUCGCCCUGUGUUUUCGGAGAACUCAGGUGUAUGAGGAGCGACAGAGGAGCAAGUUUUACCUUAAUAAGGUAGCAUAGGAAGGGCGAGUGAAAAGGGGGGCUGUAGCUGGAUAUUGGAGAAGGAAAACAACAUGGCCGCUGUGGAGCUGGAGUGGAUCCCUGAGACUCUGUACAACACCGCUAUAUCAGCUGUAGUGGAUAAUUACAGUCGAGCGCGCCGAGACAUCCGCUCUCUUCCAGAAAAUAUACAAUUCGAUGUUUAUUACAAGCUUUACCAGCAAGGCCGGCUUUGCCAGUUGGGGGGAGAGUUCUGUGAGCUUGAAGUCUUCGCUAAAGUCCUGCGAGCCUCUGACAAAAGGCAUCUCUUGCACCACUGUUUCCAGGCACUAAUGGAUCACGGUGUGAAAGUGGCUUCAAUCCUGGCCAACUCCUUCAGCCGUAGAUGCUCGUACAUCGCAGAGUCAGAUGCUCACGUUAAAGAGAAAGCCAUUCAGUUUGGCUUUGUUUUAGGUGGCUUUCUGUCAGAUGCUGGCUGGUAUGGAGAUGCAGAGAAAGUCUUUCUUUCCUGCCUCCAGCUGUGCAUGCUACACGAUGAGGUUCUGCACUGGUAUCGUGCGUUGGAGUGCUGUGUGAGGUUGCUGCACGUACGCAAUGGCAACUGCAAAUAUCACCUCGGAGAGGAGACCUUCAAACUAGCCCAGUCUUACAUGGACAAACUAGCCAAACAUGGACACCAUGCAAACAAGGCUGCGCUUUACGGAGAACUUUGUGCUCUGCUUUUCGCUAAAAGCCACUAUGAUGAGGCAUACCGGUGGUGUAUAGAGGCCAUGAAAGAGAUCACCGUCGGCCUGCCAGUAAAAGUGGUAGUCGAUGUCCUAAGACAAGCCUCUAAGGCAUGCGUUGUUAAACGGGAGUUCAGGAAAGCUGAACAGCUGAUAAAACAUGCAGUAUUUCUAGCACGGGAACAUUUUGGACAGAAGCACCCAAAGUACUCCGAUACGCUGCUUGAUUAUGGAUUUUACCUACUAAACGUGGAUAAUAUCUGUCAGUCUGUUGCCAUUUAUCAGACUGCACUCGAUAUUCGGCAGUCUGUGUUCGGAGGGAAAAAUAUCCAUGUGGCGACGGCACACGAGGACCUGGCAUACUCCUCUUAUGUGCACCAGUACAGCUCUGGAAAAUUCAGCAAUGCACUAUUUCAUGCAGAGCGUGCCAUAGACAUCAUAACUCACAUUCUCCCUGAGGAUCAUCUACUACUUGCUUCUUCCAAGAGAGUCAAAGCCUUGAUCCUAGAGGAGAUUGCCAUCGACUGCCAUAAUAAAGAGACAGAAGAGCGACUCCUGCAAGAGGCACAUGACCUGCACCUGUCCUCCCUCCAGCUUGCCAAAAAAGCCUUUGGCGAGUUCAACGUCCAGACGGCAAAACACUAUGGCAACCUGGGGCGCCUCUACCAGUCAAUGCGCAAGUUUAAGGAGGCUGAGGAGAUGCACAUCAAGGCCAUCCAGAUUAAAGAGCAACUACUAGGACAGGAAGACUACGAGGUAGCUCUGUCUGUGGGCCACCUGGCCUCCCUUUACAACUACGACAUGAACCAGUAUGAUGAUGCUGAACGUCUCUACCUCCGCUCCAUUGCCAUUGGUAAAAAGCUAUUUGGAGAAGGCUACAGUGGACUUGAGUACGAUUACAGAGGCCUGAUCAAGCUUUACAACUCGCUGGGGAACUUCGAGAAAGUGUUUGAAUACCACAACAUCUUGACCAACUGGAACCGAUUGAGAGACAGACAGUACGCGGUAGCAGACGCUCUGGAGGACGUCAACACGAGCCCCCAGGUCACGAACGAAGUGGUGCAGUCCUUCCUGUUAUCAAACAGCCAGAUUGCAGGACGCUCCUGUAUGGGCUAAUCCGGAGCUCAUCGUUCCACAUCGUUAUCGUUUGAUUUAUUCAAACCAAAGGGACCGGAUCCUAAACUGAAGUAAUCUACCACAUCAGCUAGCACCAUAACUGUUUACCGUACUGAAUACUGGAGAAGUCUUGGUAUUUUUUUCCAGUACACGCAACACUCUUAUAAACCUUAAAAAAGCAGCUCGCUUUCCUCCACAGGAUCCUUAGACUUCAGGGGGUCUGACUAUUUAUCUGACUCGCGAAAAAGACGGCGCAAAACCGAGUGUUACUUAUUGACAUGUAAAUGCCUGCUAUGAUUCUGUCUCAUUUCAAUGUCUGAAAUGUACUCUGUACACAUAUCCUGGAAGUGCGGCCUACGCCCUGGGACAGAACGAAGCACUAAAACCAUUGUUGGAAACAGACACAGACACGGGCACUUGAGUAAAGUUAAGAAGGUUGUCGCUUUUUUUGUGUAAUGCAGAGCCCUGCAUUAAUAGUUUCACGUGUGUGUGUGUUCUGUUCGGCGAGUGUGAGGAGCUUUGUGUUACCAUUACUGGUUUUCUUUUUUUUGUCAUCGUCAUAAAAUAAUGAAAGGAAUGAAUUUUAUGGACCAGUGGACGAUUGUUGAGUUACAUGGACAUUUUGUUAUUUUCUGUUUUGUGUAUCCAUGCAUAUUAGUUUGGCCAUAUUUUCAUUUUAAAAAAGCCAAUAUGCAAACUGUGCUCUAACCGUUAGAUGUAUGAUUGUGAAUGGAUGAGCCAAAAUUACCGAUUAAAACCGAAGGUGAGACCAUGACUGCA